GAGAGUGGAGAAUAGCCAAACCUACCAUCUAAACAAAAUUACUGUCCCUCUCCUCCUAAAAAAAGGUAGGUAAGAUGAUUUUUUGUUUCUUUUUCAAAGAAAAACCCAACAUAAAGGCCUAUUUUUGUUUCAAAGCAGACAUUUAUUAUAGCUUUUCCCUUGUAGCUUUCUUUCAGUAGUGGUAUUUCUUCUUCUUCUUCUUCUUCUUCUUCUUCUAUGUCAAAUAUUGAAAAGGAAAAUCCAUCCCAAAAUGAUCCUUUUUACUAUAAUGAGCAGAGAGGGAUUAUCCGGGGGUCAGAGUUCCCAUUCUUGAACGAUAACCACCCAUCUACGAUGUACAAUAAUCAACCAAAACUGAUGCAAACCUUACAACGCUCUGGUCCCUCUUACAUGAGCUUCACUGAGUGCUUAUCCAUGGACUAUAACACCUUAUCCACAGCCUUUGAUAUGCCUUGCUCUUCUUCUGAGGUUAUUAGCAGUCCCAUCCAACACUGUUCAGGUGCACCAUCGGGAAAAUCAUCAGCACCCACCAAUAAUGAAAACCCAUCUACCCCAGAUUCAUCAAUAUCUUCUUCAUCUAAUGAUACAGCAACCCAACAAGGCUCAGCCAAGACCAAAGAAAAGCAGCAGCAGCAACACCACCACCACCACCACCACCAAAAAGAAUCCCAGGAUGGCAAGCAAAAGUCUAAUAACAAAGUGAGCAAGACAAAGAAGAAAGAGAAACGAGAAAGAGAGCCAAGGUUUUCCUUCUUGACCAAGAGUGAGAUUGAUCACCUUGAAGAUGGUUACAGAUGGAGAAAGUACGGCCAGAAGGCAGUCAAGAAUAGUCCUUAUCCAAGAAGCUAUUACAGAUGCACCAGUCAGAAGUGCACAGUGAAGAAACGAGUAGAGAGAUCAUUCGAAGACCCAUCAAUUGUGAUCACUACGUACGAAGGGAAACAUAACCAUCAAUGCCCUGCAACUCUUCGAGCUAAUACUGCCGCAGGAAUUUUGUCACCUAAUUCGCUUCUGCCAUCUACAUCUUCAAUGAUGGCCCAUCGACCAACCUUUCCUCAGGACAUCUUCGCUCGCUUGCUUCCACCGUAUAAUAACCACCACCAAGGUGACCCUACUGCCAUGUUCUAUCCACAUCUAUAUGCUCCACAGCAGCAGCUUCCUGAUUAUGGCCUUUUACAAGAUUUAGUUCCCUCCAGCUUCCUCCCAAAACAGCACCCAUGAACUCUAUAUUGUUAGUCCCUUAAUUUGUUCACUAAUGUACUUUGAUUUAUAUAUUAAUUAGCUAAUUGCCAUAUAUGUAUUCUCCAUCUUCUAGUAAUCAGCUUUGCUCAUGAGCAAGUGAUGAUGCUAUUUCCCUUCAGGGAAUGCAUAGCAGUUUAUUCUACAUGCAUGUAUGGGCAAAACAGAAAAUGAGAACUUCAAUUGAGAAGAAGAUGGAGAUCAUAUUAAUACAUAGCUAGGAACUCUGGGAGGUGAAGUUAUUGCAAUGUCAGAAGGAUUAAGUAAUUGAUGGUAUACAUAUUAUAGUUUUUCUUAUUGAA